AUGCAUAAGAUUGUGGUGGUGUUGGAUUUCGCCAACGUGUCUAUUGCGCGGAAAGCGUGCGAGAGAGACAGUGAGAACGAGGCAGCAGAGGUGUUGCCGUUGCAAUUUCAGUCUGUGCGGCCGCUUCCCUGCUCUGCUGACAGAAGGAGGGCUGCGUCUUUGGGUCCAACGCCACUCUACGGCGCAUUGCGCGUCUCGACCGGGCGGCGGUUUCCCGCACGCCGCAGGCCUUCGGAGAGCAGCCAGGUGGAGUUGUGGUUGGUACUGUCCCUCUGUCUUGCUGAGCGCUGUGGAAUGUUUGGAGCGUGCCCCGGGGGGAAAAAAAUGGUGCUGGCAGCCUUCUGCCCACUGCAGGAGGUGCGCUUCUUGUGUGAGGAAUGGGGUGGUGUCUUGCUUUCUUCGGCGACGGACGUGCGGGUUUGGCCCGGUCACCACAAAGAGGUUGUGGUCUUUCAGUAUUUGUUGGGGGCGCUGGGGCGCAGGUCGGAUGCCGCUUGA